CGUUAAACCUCAUAGAAGAAUAAUUUUCACAGCGCGAGAGUGUUGUAAACUAAAAUGGCGGCGCGGUGGGGAGCAGGCGAUGAGAUUUUAGCUGCCUGCAACAUGGAAUUUUUCUCUACAAAUACACUAGACGAGGUGGUGGAUCUCCAUGGGGGCCUGUCCAGUGAAAGCCUGGCCAGACUGGAGCUGGAUACAGGAGAGGCCCUGGAGGCCCUCCACUGCUGUUUGGACCCCUCCAUUCUGUCCAUCUUUGAGGACACACCCUCAGGAGAGAAUAAAUUUGGACUUGAUGAGGUGAACCAGGCUACGCUUCUCACAGCUUUGACUGAAAUCCUGGAUAACGUGGACAAUGAGAACAUAUCACACUUUGACACACUGUCAGACUCAGACCUACUGUCUGGCCAGAAACGUCGGGAACGCUCUCCGCUGAGGAGAAUGCUGUGCUUGUCCUGCUCGCCUCCAGAGAGAGAGACACUCUGCAACACACGACAGUUCUCCACAGGAAAGAGUCUCCCCAGGACACAGAAGUCUGUCCAGAGGAGUGACGGAGAGGAGGAAGAGGAUGGAGAGCAAGAGUUCCUGAACUGGGAUGGCCUGAACCUGCCUCUCCCACUGGCUCUGGAGCAGCACAUGGAGGAAGAAGGCGAGGAUGGAGUAAGCAUGUCAGUGAGUCUAGGAGAGCUGGUCAGACAUAUGCACCCUUGCUGCAUGGCCAUGUGCAUGGAGAAUGGAGAAGGGGAAGAACAGAUGCUGGCAGUGAAAAGGAUACUGCUGGAGGUGGUGGACCAGGGAGCACAUCGAGAAUCUAUAUUUGCCCUCCCAGAUAUGGGCCUCUCCCUCUGUCAUCCCUCUUUCUCCCUGUCUGGAGUAGAAGACUCGUCUGAAGCGGAGCAGAGGGUUCCAGAUGAAGUUUUGGAGGCCGCCAUUUUGGAGACGCCAGAGUCUGCGAAUGAUGAUGUCGUAGUUGAGGAUGACCCAGCAGAGGUGGCUGGCCCUUCUGACCCCGCAGUGACCCUGAGGUCAGAGGCAAGGGGUGAGAAGGUCAUCAACAGGAAACCAAAGGAGGAGACUGCAGAGAGAUGUCCGUCUCGUAGGAAAAGGAAACGGAAAAACAAAAUGGAGAAUUCACCUCCUGAAGUAACACCUGAACCUGACCAGGCAGAGGGGAGGGUCCUGAGGAGAGUAUCCCAGGAAUCCUCACCCCUCGAGCCUGUCAAGGAGACAACCAAACCAAAGAAAAAGGACAAGAACAUGUCAUUAACUUCCGCCAUUUCUACGGCCGCCCCCGAGGCCCCAAAACACAAGACGAGUGUGACACAUGCCGCUGAAACACAACGGCAGAGCCAUGUGGAAGUCACCACCCUAGUACUGCCCACACAACCCAGCAUUAAGGUCAUCCCCGCCUCUGACCUGUUGCCAAUGACUAUGACCCCCGAGAAGGUCUCCCAACCAACCACAGCCUGCAGGAAGCCUCAAUGCCCCCCAGCUUCUACAGCUAACCCAACUGCCCACCAGAUGAUGGAAGCCCCCCAGGCAAUGACAAUUAAAGCUCCCAGUGCCAACCCUGUAUCAGUGGCCCCUCAGCCAAUGAUGCAGCUCAACGUUGCCCCCCUAGUGGCCCCCCAGGCGAUCCCACAGCCCAUUGAGGCCCCUCAGGCUAUUGAACCCAAACCCAAGCCCCUGUCCCUCCAGCAGUACCGGCUGCUGCGCCAGCAGAAGAAACUUGCCCCCCUAGAGAGACUGGUGGACCAGAGCGUCAAGUGGCCCAUCCUCCUUGAGGCCCCUACAGAGCUGCCCCCCAUCCCCUGCCUCCCCACCCCCUCCUCCAGAGGCCCCCACCCCUCCCUGGGGAAGAAUGAUAUGGAGGAAGUGAAAGCAGCCUGGCAGCCCAUAGGGCCAGGAGCACCUCCUACACCUGAAGCCCUGCUGGUGCAUCCUACUUACAUGCAGUCCCCCAAAUCAUAUUCCUCUAGCAAAGUUGCUAGUGCAAACGCGGCCCUUACCACCCCUCCCCAGCAAGCGGCUGUUCCUACUCCACAGUCAUCUAAAGCUAGCCAACUCCAGCCCCUAAUCUCUGCUAUGCCUGCAUCCAGUACUGUGAAGGUGAUACCACCCCAGACCCUUUCUGUGAAGUGUUGUAUACCCCAGGCCCCCCAGCUUGCACUCUCAAACCCCCUGCUCCAGUCUCAGUUACCAUACUUGAAGCCCGUGGCCCUUAUUAAAGGAGCCUAUUCUAAAACCACUACAGCUGCUCACAGGUCCACCUUAAUUGCUCCUAUACCCCAAAAACACACCCUCGACGCUACUACUGUACCCAAGAGAACUUUAAACCCCAAUGCUGCUGCUGUUUGUGUACAGAAACCUACCCCUGUUGCUCCUCUGAAGGUGGCUACUAAUCUCCAGAAGGGAGUAGUUGCUCUGCCCCAGCCUAGGGUGCCUGAGCUACCUAUCAUCACUCCUGUGUCUACCCCAGCCAAGCCCUCCAACGCCCAGGCCUUCAAACCUCCAGUGAGGUGUUCUCCAGCCCAGGAAGCCCCCAAAGCCAAGAGUCCUACUCAGGAGCUGAUGGAGGCCUUCACCAUUGAAAUCGGUAUUGAAGCUGCAGACCUCACCAGCCUGCUGGAGCAGUUUGAAGAGACACAAGCAAAAGAGGAGCAGUGUGUUCCGGAGGUCUCUGGUAGAGCAGCCGCUGUAGGAAACUCUAGUUUGGCGCCGCCAUGUGAUAGGACCCCUGUGGAGAGAGUCCGAGCGCACGACCUGACAGGCACUGCAGGUCUGACUCCUCCAGCUACCCCUCCUCACCAGAUGUGGAUGCCCCUGGUCCCAGUUGCCCUCCUUGGUAAGAGUCGAGCCACUGAGGCCCCCAAAUCAUCGCCCUCCAAGGCAAUCCAGAUUGACGCACGGCCCCUGCCCUCCAACAAGCUUCAGAGCAAGCCCCCCAGCCCCCCUAUAACUCCCACCCCCAAUCCAGUGUCUCUCACCCUGGCCUUCUCAGACCACGACUACUCCCUCCUUCAGAAGGAACCCACGGCUAUUGCAAGAGAGCCAGGCAGGCGCUGGAAUGUCAAACAGCAAGCAGCCAUCACCAUCGAGCCACUUGGCAGCAACACUAGCUGGGUACCGCAGAGUAUCCCUGCCCCCUCCCUCCAAACCCUCACAACUGCCCUCGGUACGAAGAACCAUCAGGCCCCCCUAGGUCCCCAGCCCCUGGAUGUAAAGACUGACAGGACUAGCUCUGUGCUGGAGACCCCUGAUGCCUCUCCCACCAGGCUGAUGGACCAGGCUGGUCCCCUGGAGAGGAGUCCCAAGGCAGGGAGGUCUUACCGGGGCUACAAUAAUACCUUCUCCCCCAGGCCUAGCCCAAGCCCCAGGGAAGGAAAGCGAGGAAGGAGGAGGAAAAGGAGAAUCCACCGUUCCUCCAGCCCCGACUCUACUGACUCUGAGUCGGACUCCUCUUCUCAGUCUAGAUCUCGCUCUCUACUCAGGAAGAGGUACAGGCCCCGUCACUCUGAUAGCAGCUUCAGUGCCUCAUCUGGCUCCUCUUCUCGUUCCUCCUCUCCUUCCCUGGACUGCUUUCCAAGGCGGCGGCGAUAUUCCUACUCCUCUUCCCGAUCAAGAUCAUGGAGUAGGUCCCGUUCCCGCUCUCCCCACAGACGGGCGUGGAGUAGAUGCAGCAGACAACGCAGCCCGUUUUUCAGACCAGGCUACUGGCCUGAAUCUAGAGAAAACAGUGAGGUGGUGAAGAGACUCAAAGAUAAAGCCAUUGAGGAGCGUAGGGUUGUUUACGUAGGGCGAAUCCGAGAGACAAUGACUCAUAAAGAGCUGAAGGAACGCUUCUCUCUGUACGGAGAGAUUGAGGAGUGCACUUUACAUUUCAGAGGCCAUGGGGAUAACUAUGGGUUUGUGACCUACUACGAUACGAAGGAUGCAUUCACGGCCAUCGAGAACGGCAGCAAGCUCCGUAAGCCUGACGAACUCCCCUUUGACCUUUGCUUCGGAGGAAGGAGACAGUUCUGCAAGACGAGCUAUGCUGAUCUAGAUUCUAACCGCGAGUAUGACCCGUCGGCCCCCGUGACUGGCAAGUUUGAUGCCCUUGACUUUGACACUUUACUGAAGCAGGCCCAGAAGAGUCUGAAGAGGUAACAGAGGUCAGCCCACUGGGGGUGCCACACUAAGACUUACCUCAGAGCCGUUGGCAGGCUCCUCCCACUAUCAUUGUUGGCUUCGCCUUGACUGAGGGGUGGACCACAACGCACGGUCGAUACAUUAGCCAGCUAACAUUAAUUUACAUGCAGAGAGUGCUCUUUUCUGGUUCAUACAAGACAGUUUUACAGCUGCAAUCAGAAAUUAUAGAGUAAUAGAACCUUUACAUCUUGGUUUAAGGCAUUGUACGAAGCUAAUAAGGCAUAGUUCUAUUCAAGAAUCAAAUGUAAUCAAUGUCAUUGAUUGAAGCAAUAUAUCAGAAUCAUUAUUUGGAAACUGUUGAAUUGAGGAAGUCUGCCUUUUUAAUAUGGGUUGUUUAAGUGUGAAAUCAUUCAUGCCAUGUUCAUUUCAAGCCUGUCUAUCUUUGAACUCUGAAAUGCUAUUUCUGAAUGUUUCGACAUGUUAGCUGUAUAACACAUUUUCCUGCUUUGUGAUAUACAGUGCAUUCGGAAAGUAUUCAGACCCUUUGACUUUUUCCACAUUUUGUUACCUUACAACCUUAUUCUAAAAUGGGUUAAUAAAAUGUCCCCCCCUCAUCAAUCUACACACAAUACCCCAUAAUGACAAAGCAAAAAC